UGUGCGGCUGCGCAGUACCCAACGCUUGCCAUUGCCGUUGACACCGUUUGGCAGGAAUAACCGAUACAAAGCAGAAACGGGAUAAUUUCUACGGACGCUGGGUGAUAUUGUUCAGGAGGCGGAGCUGCAUAUUUAUCAUAAUCUUUACCGUAAAAGCUCUGACAGAAUUGACCCUUAUGUGAUCGCCUUACCUCAUCGUUGGGCACAGCCAGCGAGGGCCGAGGAACAAAAUAGCAUAUCGCCAUUGAAUGACCCAGUACCCAGUGUUUAUUUUACCCUCCAUGUGGGUGAAGGAACUGUGUGUGUCAGAUUAUGGCGAGAAAAACAGUUAGCAGGAAAAGGAAGGCAGGAGAGCCGAAGGACCAACAACAGCUGGGUUGGUGUCAAGCGCCACAAAAGCGGAUCCGUAUUUCUUGUUCAUCGCGGCAUGCCCAGGAGUGGGGGUGCAGCCAGCGCUCUGUCGUGUGUGCCCUCCGUGGACGGGAGUUCAGACCCCAGCAGCAGCAUGAGCUUCAGCUUCAGCGGAGCCUGCGGGGCUUCGCUGCAGGCAAGCUCCCUGGAAUCCUCAAGGAGAAGGAGUUUUCUCUGGGACGACUAAACAAGGUGUUCGCAUCACAGUGGCUCAACCAUAGGCAGGUGGUGUGUGGAACCAAGUGCAACACGCUGUUUGUCGUGGAUGUCCUGACAGGACAAAUAACACGCAUUCCUAUGCUGAAGGACAGGGAGUGUCGUGAUGCAGGCCCUGGGAUGGUAGGCCCUAUGACGACGGGACGCCGCUAUUUCCCAACAGGGGGCUCUCAUGACCGGCUGGACCAGCAAAGUUGUGGCAUACAUGCAAUUGAACUCAAUCCCUCAAAAACUCUGCUUGCCACUGGAGGAGAUAACCCCAAUAGCUUAGCUAUCUACCAGCUGCCAACACUGGACCCUGUGUGUGUUGGAGAUGAUGGCCACAAUGACUGGAUUUUCUCCAUAGCAUGGAUCAGUGACUCCAUGGCUGUCUCUGGGUCCAGAGAUGGCUCCAUGGGCCUGUGGGAGAUCACAGAGAAGGUAAUCAAUCAAUCCAAGAGGAGUCCGAGUGACGACACAGUGCCCUCCUAUGUCCACAUCUCCCACCGUGCCCUGAAGGACAUUCCCAAGGAGUAUACCAACCCAUAUAACUGCAAAGUUCGAGCUCUGGCCUUCAACAACAGUCACAAAGAGCUGGGUGCCGUGUCCUUGGAUGGUUAUUUUCAUCUCUGGAAAGCAGAGCAUAACUUGUGCAAGAUACUGUCCACCAAGCUGCCUCACUGCAAAGAGAAUGUGUGCUUAGCAUAUGGGCAGGACUGGUCCGUGUACGCCGUGGGCUCUCAGGCCCAUGUUUCCUUUCUGGAUCCACGCCAGCCUACGCACAACAUCAAGUCUGUUAGUUCUAGAGAGAGAGGAAGUGGAAUCCGAUCUGUGAGUUUCUAUGAGCACAUUGUGACUGUGGGUACUGGCCAGGGUUCUCUUCUCUUCUACGACAUCCGGGCUCAUAGGUUCCUAGAAAACCCUUUUAAUCCAUCCAGCGGAUAUCGGAAGUGUCCCACAGAUGGCAUUCUUAAACUAACCACAGGGAAAGGCUGGCUGAAUCACGAUGAAACAUGGAGGAGUUACUUCUCUGACAUUAAUUCCUUCCCCAACGCUGUGUACACCCACUGUUACGACGACUCUGGUACCAAGCUGUUCGUAGCUGGUGGGCCGCUCUGCUCUGGCCUGCAUGGAAACUACGCAGGACUUUGGAGCUAGCCUCUUCCUCCUCCUCAUUUGCCUCCUUCAUCACAUUCUAAUAUGUGACAGAAGUCUCUCCAUUGUCCUCCCUCCACGAGUUCAUUCGUAUUAUUUUCACUAUCCAUGUUCAUCAGAUGAUCUGUUUUUCACAUUUGGACUCAGGAGCAUGGUGUUUCAUAAGUUAAUAUUGUUGCUGUGUAUAAUUGUUUCCACUUUUAUUUUGCUUAUCUUCCCUGUAAUGAUAUCUUGUCACAUUUUAUCCCCCCUCCCUCCCUUUAUAUAUAUAUAUCUAUAUAUAGAUAUAUAUGUGGAUAGAUAUGUAUAUAGAAAUGUUAAAUUACCUAAUAAUUUAAAGAGCUACAAAGUCUGCCACUGAGAAACUCAGAUUUUGAAAAUAAAAGUAUUCAUUUUAACAUCGUUUAUACAUCUGCAUCCAACCUGCAGGGAUUACGCUGUGGUCUUUGGCUUGCUUAUUUUUUUACUCAAGGAUAGUAUUAAUUGCUGCUUUCUCUGAGUGACUUUGUAAAAAAAAAAAAAAAAACAAGAAAAACACAAACAAAGAAAAGUAGAAUUCAUACAUCGUUUGUUUUUGUUUGUUAGCAUUAAUGGAGAGCAAUAAUGAAAGAUGCCAUUCAUGUAGAUGGGCUGAGUGAGGGUGCAGUUUGAAAUCUAAGAAGGAUCAACAAUCGCAAAGAACUUCUUUCCUCUGCUUUCAGACGUCAAACGAAGAACUGCAUCUUGUCCGUUUGUUUUUUGGUCUGGGAUUUUAAAGAGGGGAAAAAGUUAAUUGAUCACUAAUUGAUCAUUGCAGUAUUGAUGCUCUGACGUAAUGCAUUUAAUUUCUUUUUCCACUGUAAUCUGAACCAAUCCUGAUGAUCUAAUUUACUUUAUCUGGAUCUAUAUUUUAUGCUAUUUUACCUUCAUUUACUCAUUUAGGAUUGUUUAUCUGAUUAUUCCAUUUGAGGAUAGCUUUCAUAACAUAUCAGAUAUGAUGAUCCAUCAGGAACAGAGAUGAUCUGUAGAAGUUUUUGGACAGAGUGAAUUCUUCAGGCACAUACAUACCUUUCCCCAUAGCCGCUCAUCCUUUCCCACCACCAGGGAGUGGCUGUGUUCCCCCGUAUUAUAUGUAGAAUCAGGGUGGGCUUCAGCUUCGUAUUUGCCUUCCUCGGGUCUUUCUGUGAAAGACUGCCACAGAAUUAAUUAUUGGUUUCCUUUUCUACAUGAAGCAAAACAAUUCUGAAUAUUACCUUAACAACCAACACUUUAAAGUGUAUUUUAUAUAUAUAUAUAAAUGUGUACAUGUGUGUUUGUAAAAUACAUUAAGGACAGUCGCAUACAUUUUCUGUGAAUGUCCAAGAAAUUGUGUGGAUCGAUCUGUCUCCUUGACACUUUUUAUAUAUAUAUAUAUGUGUGUAUAUAUAUAUAUAUAUAUAUAUAUACAAGCCUCAUGAAUGUUUUUACCAAU